AGGGAGGGCAGGAAAGGGAGCAAGAGAGAGAGAGAGAGAGGGAGGAGAGACGGAGGAUCCAGCCCUCUAACUGUGACGGUGGUUCGUGUUUGGGGGGGUUGACAGAGCGGCUUUGUGAGCGGAACAUCGCUGGACGCUGCCACUGACAGUUGUUCUGUCCGUCAGUCUGCCAGGCGGGCACUGUGUCUGUCUGUCGGUCUGUAGUGAAAUUAGCCUACCUCUGUUCCUCUGGCUGAACCACACACACACACACACACACUGUGCCAUCUGCUACCCAGGCCUUUCUGCUCCUUCCUCUGCUCCUGGAAGGAGCCCCUCUGAGUGUGUGUGUGGCAGCGCGCGUGUGUGUGCCUUGGAGAUCCGAUUCCUUGCGCGUCCUUGGAGGGCAGGCUGCUUUUCUUUCCUGCGAGGUGGAACUUUUGUGGGAUUAAAAUCACGGAGACCUCCUGGCCGCGGGCCAGAGUGUGGACGGAGACGAGCACAGCGGCUGGAAGGAGGCUGGUGCGAUAGAGAGCUGUGGUCACCCAAGGAGGGGUCUCGGAGCUCAGUGGGACUAAGGAGGGGUGACAGUAGAUGAGCUGCAAGGACACCUGCAUCAUUCCUAGGAGCCUCGUCUUGGUUCCCCGGCAGCCCUCGUCCCCGGUCGCCGGCUCUCCACCUCAUGUACGUGUUCGUGGGCAGGGGCUUGUCCAGUGUUGGGUGAACUCCGUGCCCCGAUGCCCGCAGCCAUGCUCCCGCACCCUGCGCCAGCGCGGUCAGAGUGGUGCUUCCAGAACGCGGUCGGGGUGGACUGCAGCUCCCCCGAGCCCCGCUGUAUCUGGCUGGCCGUGCUCCGCGGAGCCCAGGCCCCCGUGCCCUCGCCCUCACCCCCCGCCAUGCCAGCCCGCCGCGGGCCCGCUCAUCUCAGCAGGGGCCAGCAGCGCUUCGUCCAGCCCAGGGCUAAGGGGCGGAGAGAUGGGCUCUCCUCGGCCAGUGACAACCCUCGACCGGCGCUGGUGGCCGGGCCGGGCGGGGAGGGCGUCAGCGUGGGGUGGCAUGGGCCUCGGACGCUGCUCCUCCACAAGAACUCCCAGGGCUUCGGCUUCACGCUGCGCCACUUCAUCGUCUACCCGCCAGAGUCCGCCCUGCACACCAGCCUCAAGGAUGAGGAGAAUGGGAAUGGAAAAGGCUAUCCAAGAAGUCACCUGGAGCCGAUGGACACCAUAUUUGUCAAGAAUGUGAGAGAGAGAGGUCCUGCUCACCAAGCUGGCUUGUGCACGGGGGAUCGGCUGGUAAAGGUGAAUGGAGAGAGUGUUCUGGGAAAGACGUACUCCCAGGUUAUCGCCCUCAUCCAGAACAGUGACAGUGUGUUGGAGCUUUCAAUAAUGCCAAAAGAUGAAGACGUGUUACAGCUGGUAAGUGCAUACUCCCAGGAUGCCUACCUGAGGGGCAACAAUCCUUACACAGGGGGGGCUCAGAAUCUUCCGGUUCCGCCACCCCUCUGCUACCCACGCGGCAAGUCCCAGCCUCCCUCCGGGGGGGCGGCCCCCAUGGGUCAGAACCAGCUGGAUAACUGGAGCCGCUGGGCGGGUUCGUCCAGCCCCUCGUCCCCCCUGGACAACCGCUCUGCCGUGGGCAGCCCGGCCAGCUGGCAGGAAGGACGGGCCGGGGAGCCAGGGGGCGUGGGCCACAGCAGUCCCGCCCACCGCACCGAGGAGAUCCAGUACGGUAUGACCGGGCAGCAGCCGAUGGGACAGACCAGAGGUCGCUCGUACUCCUCGUCCUCGUCCUCCGGAGGCCCCCUCUCCAGCCCGCUGCACGUCCACUACGCCAACCACAACACUGCCGCCACUGCCACCUCGUCGCAGGGCCCGCCUCGCAUGUCCAGUCAGGUCUGGGCCAGCCCGCCACAGCCCGGCCACAGCCGCGGCGAGCGCUGCCAACAGGCCCUGUCGGACUGGUACUACAGCCAGGUUCCGGAGCUGCCUGUCCGCAGCAUGCCUCCGCGCCACCGCAGCUACUCUCAGGACCGUCUGGGGGAAACGGGCGGCGGGCGACACCCCCAGCGGCCGGGCGGCUGGCCCCACAGCGCCUCCCAGGACACGCUGCUGCUCCUGCAGCAGGCCGGCCCCCACGGGGACCCUUACUGGACCUAUGGGGAGUGGGAGGGGGCUCCCCCCCAAGGGCAUCCCGCCUACGGACGGGCCCGCUCGGAGAACCUGCUGGCCCAAUACGACCGCUACGGACGAUCGCUGGAAAGGCUGGACAGGGAGGCGUCUGGGCUGGUGUCUCCCCGCUACGAGAGGCCUGCCUGGCUACCGCAGGCCCCACAGCCCCCCCCCAGGACUGAGGCCUACCAGAGGCAGGGGAACCAAUACGGGGUCACACAGGCCCCCUCAGCAAGCCGGCAUUCACAGUCUCACCACAAACACCCCCACCCCCACACACAGCCCCACCCCCACACACAGCCCCACCCCCAGCACCAGCCCCAGCCCCAGCAGACGGCUCCACAGAGCCGACGGCUGCCCACCGGCCAGAGCAUGGACGACCAGCCCGUGGGCUACCGCAGCUACAGCCCCUCUUUCUACCGCAAGACGGGGAGAAUAAUGCAGCAGGCUCACUCCUUCAGGGACCCCUCCUACUCUGGUCCCCACCUCAACUGGGCACCGACCCCUAAAACCAGCCCCCCGGAGGGUGCCCCUGCCACGGCCCUGUUGUCCUCCACGGCGGCCCCGCUGGCCUCCACGAUCCCUGAGCCUCUGGACAGGGCCUACCGGCCCACCAACCACGAGAGGGGCGCCGUGGAGGGCCAGGCAGAGGUGGUGGCACAGAUCCAAGAGGUUGUGCUGAGGCAAAAGCCCCCCACCGGGCGGAGGAACGCCCACGCCAUGCGCCACCCUCACUACGCCCUGCCAGUGGACGCCAUGGAGCCCUCGGUGUUCCUCUCGGAACCCCUAAGCACAGCACCCGCCCCCCGCUCUGCGGGCGAGGCUGCCCCGCGGCGAACCAAUGGCAACCUGGCGCCCCUGCCUGUUGAGGAUGAUUCCCUGGCCUCCAUACCCUUCAUAGACGAGCCGACGAGCCCCAGCGCUGACCUGCGUGCCCGCCACGUGCCCGCCUCCUCCGUGGUGUCCAGCGGCAUGAGUUCAGCGCCCGCCGGCGUCACCAGCCCCGCCUCCCCCACAUUCACCUUCCCCCUCACAAGGCUCUUCUCACACGACUGCAGCAGUAUUAAAUCCAGUCGCCGUUCCUCCUAUCUUCUAGCCGUCACCACGGAACGCUCCAAGUCAUGUGACGAAGGACUGAACAGCUUCAGAGAGGAAGGACGGGUGUUCUCGAGGCUACCAAAAAGAGUGAAGAGUUUCUUCGCGGAUGGGUCUCUGGACAGCCUGGGGGCAGGGGAGGAGGCACGCUCCAAACGUCACUCCACCUCGGAGUUGGGCAGCAUCAGCUACAGUGACGUGCGGAGGGAGGGCUGGCUGCACUACAAGCAGAUCCUCACCGAGAAGGGCAAGAAGGUGGGCAGCGGCAUGCGUCCCUGGAAGAGGGUCUUCUCGGUGCUGCGCUCCCAUUCGCUGUUCCUUUACAAGGACAAGCGGGAGGCGGUCCUGCGCGGGGCCACCCUCGGCGGGGCCGAGGACGAGCAGCCAAUCAGCAUCCGGGGCUGCCUGGUGGACAUCGCAUACAGCGAGACCAAGCGCAAGCACGCCCUGCGCCUGACCACGCAGGACUUCUGCGAGUACCUGCUGCAGGCGGAGGACCGAGAGGACAUGCUGGACUGGAUCAAGGUCAUCAGGGAGAACAGCAAGACUGACAACGAGGAGCUCGGCUUCUCCAGACAGGCACUGAUCAGUAAGAAGCUGAAUGACUACAGGAAACAUAGUCCAACAGGCAGCAAACCCGACUCUUCCCCGAGGGUACCCCGCAUGAAGCCUCCCUUCCUGGCCAAGAUGGAGACGGCAGCAGGCGCGCCGCGCUCACCCAAAUCUGAGGGCAAAGAUGAGAGCAGCCCCCCUAAAUCUCCCUGGGGGAUAAACAUCAUGAAGAAGACCAAGAAGUCUGGGCCCAAGGCCUUCGGGGUGAGGUUAGAGGACUGCCAGCCAGCUGUCAAAAACAAGUUCAUCCCUAUGAUUGUGGAGAUCUGCUGUGGGUUGGUGGAGGACAUGGGUCUGGAGUACACAGGCAUCUACAGGGUCCCAGGGAACAACGCCAUGGUGUCCAGCCUGCAGGACCAGCUCAACAAGGGGCUUGACAUCAACCCUGCAGAGGAGAAAUGGCAGGACCUGAAUGUGGUCAGCAGCUUGCUCAAGUCCUUCUUCCGGAAGCUUCCAGAGCCUCUCUUCACGGACGACAAGUAUAAUGACUUCAUCGAGGCCAACCGGAUGGAAAAUACAGGAGACAGGUUGAAAACCAUGAAGAAAUUGAUACGCGACCUGCCAGACUACUACUACCACACUCUCAAGUUCUUAGUCGGCCAUCUGAAGACUGUAGCUGACAGCGCAGACAAGAACAAGAUGGAGCCUCGCAACCUGGCUCUGGUCUUUGGUCCCACGCUGGUGAGGACGUCUGAGGACAACAUGACGGACAUGGUCACGCACAUGCCUGACCGCUACAAGAUCGUAGAGACGCUUAUCCAACACCAUGCCUGGUUUUUCAGCGAAGAGGUGGACAAGGAUGAGAAGACGCCAGUUGACACAGAGGACCUGCAGCCGGCCCCCAACAUCGACCACCUGCUCUCCAACAUCGGCAGAACAGGUCUGCUGGGGGAGGCCUCAGACUCAACCAACAGUGACUCAGUUAAAUCCAAGGGGUCGUGGGGGACGAAGCGGGAUCUCACUGCCAAGGACUUCCUGACCCUGUCCAUCAUGUCUGCAGUGACCGGACGCAAGCGCAGGAAAGGCCACAACGGCCGCCCCCUGGGGAGCAGCACGGACGAUGACUCUGAGCAUGAGCCAAUCAAAGCCAGUCACCUGGGGGAGGAGGGGAUAGAAGAGGCGGAAGUAGUAAGAGGAGAUAUAGCUCCUCGAGCAGUGGGAGAGGAGGAUGAGGAGGAGGAAGAGGAGGAAGAGGAGGAGGAGGAAGAUAGAGCGAGAGGGAAGGAGGAGGUAGAGAACGAGUCGGUGGCUCCCACCAUGCCUUGCGGUGAGAAGGUAGAGACAGGGCAGCCGGUGAUACUGCUCCCUGAGGAAGAGGAGGUGAGGGCAGGGGUCAAAGGUCGGCCCUGGGGGCCGGAGGACGCGCGCUCCAUCGUCUCCGGCUACUCCACCCUCUCCACCCUGGGGCGGAGCUUGGCGUCGGAGGGGCGUGGCGACGACGCCGACGAUGAGCAGAGCGAGCUCGUGAGUGAGACGGACAACGAGAGUGGCUUCGCGUCGCGCUCCCUCACCCAGGAGAGACCUGAGAAACACCCGCCGGCAGCCACCCAAUCACAGCCCCCCGCAGCUCCGCACAGCUUCCUGUACGCACACUGCAAACCCCCUGCGGUCGCCCCCCCGACCCAGCCCGUCACCCCCACACCCUCCACACACACUCAGAACCCGGGGGAGAGGAGCGAUGGAGGGGCGCGGUCCAGCACCCCCUCCUCCUCCUCUUUCUCCUCCUCCUCCACCACCCACAGGCUGCACCCCCGGCCCUCGUUCAACUCCCACAAGCUGAUCCAGUGUGACACGCUAGCCAGGAAAAAAAGCAAGGGGGAGAAGGCCAAGGCUCGCUCCCCGGACCUGUUCGAGCUGGCUGGGCCUUUGGCUGAGAGGGAGGGGGCUGGGACAGGAACGCCGGGGCCCCAGGGGGGGCCGAGUCAGUCCUCCAGAACCAACCCAUCCUCAGGUAGCAGUCAGGAGAGCCUGCGUCCAGUCCGGCCCAAGGCAGCCCUACCACCCAGCGAGGCUGCUUCCUUCACGCCCGGCGGCCAGGGCCUGUGCCAGGGACGGGGCUCCCUGGCAGACCAGGUGAGGGCGCGCCUCCUGGGCUCGGCCGACGACCUGCGCAGCGUGGGGCUCAGGAAGCCGCUCUCUCCAGAGACUCGCAGGAAGAGGAGGGCGUGGCGCAGACACACUGUGGUGGUCUCUCCCACAGAGACAGGUGAUAAGAGACACCCUCUGGCCACCAGCGAGUUCCCCCUGUCCCCUGCCACUCCUAACCAGGCCAAAGCGCAGGGCGCUCCUAGAGACCCCCAAGGACACGAGCUGGGGGAGCCUCUGGCCCUCGGCCAGGAGCCUGCAGCCGCACGCCGAGCCCCCGCCUCCAGAUUCCACCAGUACCUAUAGCAGGGAGGAACCAGAAGGCCUGGCCCAACCAUCCCCCUCUCACCUGAGCCUCCCUGGUCCCUGGCCUGAGGCUGGAGCUGCUGUCUCAGGUGGGGUGGGUCAGAGACCCUGGCUCCAGGUCGGGGGGCUGUCGACAAGAAGAGCCACGUUCAGGCACUGUGGGCCCUGUCACAGGACUGAGAACAGCCUCUGAUCUCGUGUCAAGACCCCUUUCUGUCUGAUCAGCUCCAUUUGCAUGGCAAUGGGCAUUCCAGUUAUGCCAAAGCUUCUUUUUUUUUCCUGUGUGUUUUAUAGAUAAUACAAUGGGUCACAUAGAGACACAGACAGACCUCAUCACAUAUGUUACAGUCAAGAGCUCUUACGUCAUGUUUUAAUGGAUACUCUGGUCUGGCCUGAUUUGGCUCAUUUCCUGUUAGACAGAGGAAGUGGGCUGUCCCAUCACUGUAUCCAGAGAGAGGCCUGUCAAACCAAACCUUCCUAGGGUUGCUUGUGACAGGCUCUAGACAGCUACAUGCUUCGUUUCCACGGUGAUGACUAGGCAUAAAACCACAUUGGGCUCAAAAAGACACACACUUUUGCAAUAUGCAAGAUUCUGAGAUAGUACAUCAUAAUUUAGAACGGCGAAAUGUAACAUCAUGUAAGUUUUGCGACAUCUCAGAGUUGUGUGAGGUGAUUUAGCAAAUCGUUGCAUAUUAUACAUACUGAUACACACACACACACACACAGUGGUCUGUAACUUGGCUCUCACUGUUAAUAUGUUCAUCUGUUUGUCUAGAUGUGCGUGUUUGUCUGACAAUGCCUGUGAUAGCGUCUGCGUGUGCUGGUGUUUAAACUAUUUUGUAACAUUUGUACAAAGCCUUGUUAAGUUAACCUUGUAAAUAUAUAUAUACAUAUAUAUAUAUUGCAUUAUUGUGUUUGUUUUUACUUUUUCAGUUUCUUUUUUAUGGUUUACAAAAGUGCACCCCAAAAGUGCACUAUCAUUUCUUUCAAGAGUACUUGAAAUGUUUCCCUUAAUAUAUGCUUUUUGUUUUAUAUACAGUAUAUAUUAUAUAUAUUUUUUGUAUGAAAAUACUAAGUACUUUUAUUGUGGUUCAGCCUCGCUGGUGUAACUGUUAAAAAGAAACAAGAUCAAACUUAAACACAACUACAAACCUGUUCCUUGUUUCCUCUUAGAAUUUCCCCUAUGACUAAUUUCUCUACUAUGCAGACAUCCAACAUCUCCCGCCACAAGGUGUAAAUCAAUAGCUCUCUUCUCCCUGUGGCCUCUAGAUGGCAUCCACCCUUUGGAGUAGGCCAUCUGCUCUACAUAGUAGCCUACCAUUCCACCUCGCUUGUAAACUACCCUGCUCCCCGAGGCAUUUCUUUGAUACCUUUCCAUGGUGUUAACCACGCUCACUUUGCCUUGUUUGAGAGCAAACAAGGUUUCAUGGUUGUGGUUCAUUUCUACAUAUGAAAAGCAGAUGUUUAUGAGAUUGGAUUGAAUGCCUGUUUUCACUGAUUAUUCUGUCCCUUUACAGAUCAAGGUAUUCAGUAAACUGGAAGACAAACAUAUGUUAUUUGCAAUUCUAAAUAUGCUAUACAGUUUCAGAAAAAGGCUAUUCUCUCUUCUAUUCCAUAUUGCUUGGUUUUUAAUAGAACAUAUAUACGUGUGUAUAUGAACAUGAACUUUUUCAAAUAACUUUUCUCACUCUAGAUGAGCUGUUCCAAUUGGACUACGCAUUGGUAGUCAACUUAACUUUCUGGAGGAAUAAUUUGGUUAAAUUUGUGAAGAGUAGAAACAGUGCUCUACAGCAUGUUAAGAAUAGUUGGCAGUGCCAUGUUGUUGUAUAAUACUUUUCUUAAGGAUAGAAUCAAAGGAAGAGGGGUAUUUCAGCCACAGAAAUAACACACAAAUCAAACUUAAAAGUUGGUUUCUGACUGUUAGGUACUUGGAAGUCUGAUCUCGUGUUGUGGUCAUGUGGUCAGGUUCCUUCAGCCCAUCAACAAGCCGAAACCAUUUCGCAGUUGAAAGGUUGCUUUUAUUUCUGCAUCGAUUUCUCCUCACCUAAAACAGUAGUUUGACCAAACCAUUUCAUUUAACUUCAUUGUAGUCUGAUUACCUCAAGUUUUACCUUACAAGUGCCUGAUUUCUGGAAUAUGUUUGUGUUCUGCCCUGCCAUGGUCAGUCUGCUCUCUCUAUCCUCCCUUAAACUCUCUCUGUUCCAGUUUCAAAGUCUCUCACUCAUUUCGUUGCUGUCCUAACAUCUAACCCAAAGAUGUGUAUAGUUCAUACAAGCAGACUUUGAGGGUCUAUUAAAAGCACACUCUUGCCAAGGACAUGUCUAUGCACUCUUUGCCUUUAAUAGGCAUUAACAACGAGUAACUGGUGCUGCGAGGAGAAAGAAAGCAUUGAUCUCUCACUUGCUUUUCUUACAAAGAGGUCUUCUCUUUUGCCUGCAGUGUUUUCUGUGAUUAUGGUACACCUAUGGAUCCCUCCUCAUAGGUAACAUUAGGCAACACCUGGAGAGGAGACAAUGGUACCAUUCAUCUGCAUCUGAUUACCUUUGAUGAACUGUUUGAACUGAAACUGUCAGUCUAAGUGAGAGACAAGGUUGAGCUGGAGCUAGCUGCCCAUGCCUUUAUCAAGAGGACAAAUACAUUAAGACUCAGACACCAAUUAAUGUAUCUUAGCUGUCCGAUUCUUGAAAUGUGACUUACCUGAUAUGUUUUGUUUUUAUGUCUAAUAAUCUAGUGUACAUAUUGUCUGUAUAUGUAACAUAUUGUAUUGUGUACAUUUUGAAUUGCUUUAAGUAAAGUAUCUAAUAAGAAAAUUGCCUUACUAAAGGUUAUUCAUCUAAGACUACUUUGUUUAAUGAGUCUGUGCUUGAAAGCAAAGUGAUAUGGUGUAAAUAAACAGAACCGUUUAAGAUGUUG